AUGGCCGCCUGGAGACCUCUCAAACUUUCUAACUCUGCUGGCGCACAACCACCCCCCUUUCUCAUCUCAUCCAAAUUCAACAAUGAUUCAUACCUAGUUCAACUGACCGAUUUAACGAAUACGUGGGUCGAAAGUGUAGAUCGCGAUGCGAUAAUCGAACGAAGCAGAGAAGGGAAUACCAGUAUCGAUCCAAGUGAGGAUGAAGACCAGUUAUCGAUAUUUCUCGAAAAGAUCGGACUUGGUCUUGCAGGAGGAAAUGAUACCAGUCUGUCUCUGCAAGUCGGGCCGGAAAUUGGAGAUAUCUCACCAAGUCUGCUUCUCCAUGUUACGAUUCAACUACCUGGUGGAUUGAAGGACUUAGAAUGGCGUUACGAAUUGGCCUUACAAACGCCAAAAGAAACCGUCGACAAGUUGCUUCUUCCGAGUUUAAUCGCGCUACAAGAAAAGAAAAAAGAAGUCAAGGAGCUAGUGGAGCUGCUUGAGGAGAAAGAUGCGGUUAUACAGAAAUUGGUGGAUACUUUGGAAAAUCAAGGGACCGACCUUGGUACAAUAUUCCAUCAGGUCGCAGGAAGGCCUGGAAAGAAAAUUGACAGGAAGAAGGCGAGUGAGAAGAUCCAAGGAUUGAAGAUUUUCGACGUAGAAGCUUGGAAGCAGAAGUCGGGAUCUGAUAAACCGGACGAUAAGUGGGAGUUAUUGAACAAUGUCUUUGGUGGCAAUGAUAUAAGUCCAAAUAUCUCCAAGGCGGAUAGUCUCGGCAAAGAGGAUCGGAAACACAAUUGGUGGGAGCAUAUGCAGGGCAAGACGGUCGGUACGUUAGGGAGUAAGCUUGCGACAAACGCAACGGGUUCAUCAUGGAGAAGUACUCAACAAGAACAUACACAACACGAGGAUGAUUUUCAAGUACAAUCAACACCACCUCACCUCUCGAGGACUAGGGCGAAGCCUGAUGUUUCAAUGGAUGAUUCUACAGAUGAUGAUGAUGAUGAUGAUCUUGAUGCUCCAUCCCAGCGUUCAAGAGUACCAGAUAAUCUGUCUAUUUCGCAAGCUCGCGCACCAAGUCCCGAUCGAACUCUAAGCCCAAGUCCGCCAAGAGUGAAACCCCUUGUUAAACUGGGUACAAAACGCAAAGUUCCAACACCAACUCCUCCAAGUGAAAACGCAGAUGAUACCACUGAAGAUGAAGAGCCUAUACCAGACAGUUUACACUCUACGAAUGCAAUUGAUAAUAAUGAUAAUGAUAAUGAUACCACGGAUGAUGAAGCCCCAUCCUCUCCACCAUCAAAACGACAGCAGAGUCCGAAAGCUUCGCCAGCUAAGCAGAAAGGCAAGCUUGGGAAGAUAGGCGGAAAGAAAGCUUCUCCAGAACCGGAGUCGGAGCCGGAGCCGGAGCCAAUUGUUGAACCUGAGGCUAUUAAGGUGCGACCUAAAAGAGGCAUGCUCGGCAAAAUCGGCGGAAAGAAAAAGGAGACAGCAUCAAUACAUGACAUCGACUCUCAGAGUUCAACAUCACCAAAGAAGAAGCUGGGUACGAUCGGUGGGAAGAAGACCGCUAUCGAGGGCGCUAGUCAGGAAGAAGAUAUCCCUGACGAAGUGAACAGAGGAAGGGGAAGAGCACUAACGACAGAGGAGAUGGAGAAAUCAAGAGAAAAAACCCCACCACCAAGGGAGACUUCUGAGGAACGGGCUGAUAAGAAGAGAGCGAUUUUAAAAAAGGAAUUGGAGGCAAAAAGUAAGGCGCCAGCUAAAAAGAAAAGGAAAUUUUGA